AUUAGUGAGAAAAUUCAUAAAUUUAAGUAAUUGUUAAGUUUUUGGGUUACACAGAGUUUCAAAACAGUAUAAGACGUACUCGAAAACAAUAAAGAGCAAAACACACCAAAAAGAAAAACUAAGAGAAGAAACACCAAACCAAAUAAGCUCAGGAAACCGGCAGAAACCUCAUGUACACCCAACGUGGACAGAUAGGAGAACUUCACAAGAGAGGGAACCCCAUAACAUAACGAAUGCAGUUUCUAAGCCACAACCAAAUAUGGUCGUCUCCUCCUCAAAUCUCUAUCGGCCCCAACAAAUGAUAAAUUUCACCCACCACGCAUAGAACAAAAGGGAAGGAUGAUCCAAGUGACUUACCAAAAAAUCAUUUCCAUGAGAUCUUUAUCCGAUCCACCAAUUACUCAUCUGAGACAGUAUUUUCAAGAAAAACACCACUUUGAAACUUCCUCAUAGAUUGCGCAACGAAAUGUCAAACCGUAAUCAAGCCUAAUCUAACCAUAAUUACCCCCACCCCAUCGAGCCUCAAAGCUAGCAAACAAACUACUCACAUUUUGUGGUAAUACUACAACUCACCCUAACCACCUUAAAAUAAAAUACCAAACUUGAGAAGCAAAAACACAGGUGACAAAUAAAUAAUCGCUCAUACUUAUAUUUAUUUUAAGGUGAAUUUUUUAGCUACGAAACUAUUUGACCCGGAAAAAGAAAAAUCGCUCAACUCCGGCAUUUAACCACAAAAAACACACGAAGUACCCACCAUAAUCGUGACAACUCUUCACUAAAGCCAUCAAUUACUAGUGCCCCAUUUUUAUUUUUCUAAUAGUAAUAGUGUCCCUUUCAAAUAUGUAUUAUCAUUCUUCUAUUAUUACUCAAAAUUCACUUUCUUGCUGUAAAAUUAGUUUAAAAGAUUCUAAAUCCAACUUGCUCGUGACCCCGACAAAAUUCACAAUCCAUAUAGUAACAUUUUGACCAAUCUUCUCAUACAUACUUUUACAAUUAAAGCAUAUACUAAUUCACAGACCAGAAUUUGCUGCCGUUCUAAAAGAACAAAAUAACACGCUGUAAUCAAUCUCAUUCAUUGAUUUCACAUCGGACGGCUUACAAUACACAUGCAUCAAAAUCAUCUGAACCAUUCAUUAAUAUCGGAUGGUUGGUACUGUUAAGGUAGUUAUAGCAUGAAAUCUGUUUCCCUGAUUCACUCUCACACUCCAUUUUAUAUACUCCUCCUUUACCCUUUACCUCUGCAAAAAACAUCAAAUGGCUCAGGUUAAUCUCUUACUUGUUUCGUUACUUUUCUUAACUCUCUGUCUUCAUUCAUGUCCUACUUAUGCUCAACUAAGUCAUCACCACUACAAGAAUUCCUGUCCUAAUGUUGAAAACAUUGUCAGAGAAGCUGUCAAAAAGAAAUUUCAUCAAACAUUUACAACUGUUCCUGCCACUCUUCGUCUCUUCUUCCAUGACUGCUUUGUUCAGGGUUGUGAUGGUUCUAUUCUUGUAUCAUCAACGCCACAUAACAGAGCAGAGAGAGAUCAUCCUGAUAAUCUUUCAUUGGCUGGAGAUGGAUUUGACACUGUUAUCAAAGCUAAAAAAGCUGUGGAUGCGGUUCCUCUAUGCAGGAAUAAAGUUUCUUGUGCUGAUAUUCUUGCUAUGGCAACCCGUGAUGUUAUCACAUUGGCUGGUGGACCUUACUAUGAAGUUGAAUUGGGAAGAUUUGAUGGAUUAAGAUCUAAAGAUUCAGAUGUUAAUGGGAGGCUUCCUGAGCCUGGUUUCAACUUGAACCAGCUUAAUACUUUGUUUAAACAUAACGGGCUUACCCAAACAGAAAUGAUUGCACUUUCAGGUGCACACACAAUUGGAUUCUCACAUUGCAACAAAUUCUCCAAUAGAGUAUACAAUUUCAAGACACAAACUAGAGUAGACCCUACAUUAGACUUACACUACGCAUCAGAACUAAAAUCAAUGUGUCCUAGAAAUGUUGAUCCUAGGGUUGCAAUUGACAUGGACCCAAUUACUCCACAUGCAUUUGAUAAUGUUUAUUUCAAGAAUCUACAAAAGGGAAAAGGCUUAUUCACUUCAGAUCAAGUACUCUUCACGGAUUCAAGAUCUAAAGCUGCAGUAAAUGCUUUUGCUAGUAGUAACAAAAUAUUUCGUGCUAACUUUGUUGCUGCUAUGACUAAAUUGGGUCGAGUUGGUGUCAAGAACUCACAUAAUGGGAACAUUCGUACGGAUUGUUCUGUGAUUUAAUUCACAUCAAAAGUUUAGAAUAUUAUGGAUGAAGACAUAUGUACAAUUUAAGGGAAAUACUUUUGGUGUACAUUUAUUUCCUUGGUAUAUGCUUAAAAUAAUGGCUUAAUUUUA